AUGUCUAGAAGUGUAAAAGAUCUUCGUGAAUUGAUCAAUAUAUCUCGACUGUCCUUUCAUGGCGAAGAUGGGCUUCAUGAAAGCGACGAACGAGACGAAAUAGUUGGACACAAGUACUUAUUUCAAAAUGGAGAAAAUUCGUCGUUACAUCCAGACGUAAAGCUACCAACGUGUUUAAUAAAACCCGCUGAAGACAUCGAACAACCAAGAACUAGUCUUAGAAAUGGUCAUUUUAAGCCCUUGCCGGCUAUUAAUUCUUCAAAAACUAGCAAAGAAUGUGUCAUCAAUAAAACAGAUUCAAUGGAGCCAAAUUUGGUAUACCAAAAAUGUAAUUGUAUACUGCAGUACAUUGAUGGAUCUGUGGUAAGCUCUUGGCUACAUCGCUCAAACGAAUGCGUACAAUGGCUUUCUAAAUGGGUUUCGACAAAGGAAUUUUUUGUACGGUUUGCAAAAUUUUGGCUCACGGAAAUGGAUCGUCAAAAACAGGGAGAACUGGUCGAAAUGGAAGUUGGAAUCAUUUUGGAUGAAAUAGCGUUUUCUGUACAAGAUGGACUUAGGUGUAAAAAGGUGACGCAACAAGAUGUGAUGUUGUUCUUUUUGCUAAUCGUUUGGGAGUAUCCGUCGAAAAUAUGCGGUCCGCAAAGUAGUAUGUUUGUUUUGAAUACCUUAGCGACGCUUGCGUCUGGCCGAAAGGACAGGUAUCGUACGCUCCUUUCAAACGUGAAAUUUGCAACAAAAAGCCCUGAGCAGAUUCAUUGGAUUUUGUCAGUUCGUGCAUUUGCGUUAAUAUCCAUAGUUACGGCGUUGGUGAAAUUUUAUGCAUCUUUGAUAGGACACGGUUUGCCAAACCAUGAUACAGACGAUUCUUCAGAAUGGCAUUCAAAGUCGAUAGAGGAUUUUGCAUUUGAUGCAGUAAGAUUAGGGUGUUUGAAUGUAUUGGUAUAUUUAGUUGAGGAACAAAAUCUCGAGACGUCUGGGCUGAAAAACAAAGAGCAGUUGUCACUGCUGUUUUGCGCUGUCACAUGUGGCCAGGCAGACAUAGUGAGAUACAUUUUGAAG